AGCAGAAAUUGUCAUACAUUUCUAUCUGGUUUCUGUCUGUGAUAAACAAUGGCAAGUAAGGAAAGAAGUAUGAACACUGCUUGAGCAACUUCAUUCAGAAUCACUGUCUUUGAACGUUGACUUUGUACGUGUUGACUUUGAACUCUGUUCCUCAUUCCUGAACCUUUCAUUUCUCUGGCUCUGAUAAUAUAUUUACAAAUUCUUAUCAGAAAAAGAAAUAAAUCAUUUGAUAUAUAUCUCCACGAAAAUGAAAAAGAAAGAGCAUCAGCCCGACCCGGUUGGCCCAAUGUCAACCCGGCCCAACCAAAAACAAAAAAGCCCGAACCCAUCAGCCCAACAGUCAACAGACAAAUUUUAUAGCAGGCUUCUUUUUAACCUCACAAUUCAAUUCAUUAGUGAUAAUUAUCUCCGAUGGGUCUUUCAGCUUCAAAGCGAGUUCAGAAAUCUCUCCACGCCUCGCCGGAGUUCGACUCCGCCUGCGCUGCCGCUUACGCUGACUGCCUCUCCCUCAGCCAACACGCCUUUCCCGGAGUCAAACCCUACCAGCUCCUCUCCGCCGCCGAACGCCUCCACACCACCCUAUCCCAAUCCCUCCGCCUCAUCUCCCAGUGGGUACCGCGCUCUCCGGAUCGGAGCCAGGUACACCGCGCUCUGGAUACCGUUCUCUCUCGGCGGUCGGUUCGGGAAGAGGAUGUAACGCUGGACGAGGCGGAGUUUAAGGAGUUCGCGUUGGAGGUAUUUGCGGACGCCGUCGUUUCAGGUGCCAGGAUGGAGGUUUUGAAGAAGGUGCCGCGUGGCGUGGCGGUCAUUGCGGGCAUCGGGGUGGUUGUGGGGUCGGCGAAGGAGGCUGUUGUGGCGGCGAUUGGGAUGUACGCGUUUGGAUUGACGACCUCUAUUUAUCUAGGGUUGAACAAUGGUUAAUUCGUUGAAGAUAGCUGCUGCUGAUGUAUAUCAAUCUAAUUAGUUCAAUGAACCGAAACUGUACUUUGAGUUUGAUCAAUAAUCAAUUUGCUUGCAUGAU